AUGUCGGUGUCCCACACUUUUUCUUUGACCUCAGCUUCAUCUCGCGGUUCAUCCGCGAUCGAAGAGAAUUACUCAGUCGUCAAGCGAAUUGGUUCGGGAGCCUUUGCAGACGUGAAAGAGGUGAAGCAGAAGAACGCGAAGAAACACUUUGCGUGGAAGCAGGUCUCCUUGGAGAAGGACCCUCACUGUGCAAAUGAGGCAGAAAUACUCAGUGGGUUGAAGCAUCAGGGCAUUGUUGAGAUCAUUGACUUCUUCUCCAAGGAUGGCGUUAUCGACAUGCUGCUUGAACUAUGUACCAAGGGGAGCAUGAGCCAGUACAUCGACAAACACUAUGAAAGUCUUCCAUUCACUCCCCACAAGGUCUACAUGCCACCUGACUCCAUUGCUGUCAAGAGCGCCAUGCAGCAGCUCCUGAAUGCGGUGAAAUAUCUCCACGAGAACUGUGUGGCACAUCGAGACAUCAAGCCCUGCAAUGUACUCUUGUCCUCAGGCACCAGCUACGAACGGAACAAAGAGCAUCGCUACGAACGGAGCGGUCGGACGCUACGAACGUAG